UCCAUCCUCACGCGCUCUCACGCUGCGUGAUCCCCAUCACAAACCGAGAGCUGAACCCAUGGAGUAGUAGUAGCAGCGGCAGCAGCAGCCUGCUCACAGUGGGGGAGUGCUCACGGCUUCCUUUCGCCCCCGUUUCUCUUCAUUUUAAUCGUCAAUGGAUUCUUCCUCUUUUCUCCCGGAUUCUGCCUCGUCUCACCGCGAGUGAGCCGCCGUGAGUCCCGACAGGAAGAGUCUCCCAACAGGAGACAAGAUGGCGUCCAACAACACCCUGCGAAGCUACUCCAUCAUACCAUGUUUCAUCUUUAUCGAGCUCGUCAUCAUGUCCGGGACGGUGUUGUUGGCCUACUACAUGGAGUGCACGGACCUGUUCAGCGUGCACGUGCAGGGUUUCUUCUGCAACGACGCAGAGCUGAUGAAGCCGUACCCCGGCGCGGAGGAGUCCAGUUUCGUCCCGCCGCUCAUCCUCUACUGCGUGGUCGCUGCUGCUCCCACGGCCAUCAUCUUCAUCGGAGAGGUCUCCAUGUACGUGAUGAAGUCGACGAGGGAAAGUCUCCUGGUGCAGGAGAAAACCAUCGUGACGGGAGACUGUUGUUACCUCAACCCGCUGAUCCGCCGCAUCAUACGCUUCAUAGGUGUGUUCGCGUUCGGCCUCUUCGCCACGGACAUCUUCGUCAACGCGGGCCAGGUGGUGACGGGCAGCCUCUCGCCCUACUUCCUCUCAGUCUGCAAGCCCAACUACACCGGCACCGAGUGCCGCUUUAAUCACCAGUUCGUCGUCAACGGCAACAUCUGCACAGGAAACCCGGUCGUCGUGGAGAACGCCCGCAGGUCGUUCCCGUCCAAGGACGCUUCGCUGAGUGUUUACUCCGCUGUUUAUCUGACGAUGUACAUCACCAGCACCAUCAAAACCAAGUCCAGCCGCCUGGCCAAGCCGGUGCUGUGUCUGGGAACGCUCUGCUCCGCCUUCCUCACCGGCCUCAACCGGGUCUCGGAGUACCGGAGCCACUGCUCAGACGUGGUGGCUGGAUUCAUACUGGGCUCGGCUGUCGCUCUGUUUCUGGGUAUUUGUGUCGUGAACAACUUCAAAGGCGUCCACAGUGCGGCGGUCAAACAGAAGACGGAAGACUACCGCGGUCUGCCGCUAAUGACUUUCCCACGCGUGGAGAGUCCUCUGGAGACGCUCAGCGCACAGAACCACUCGGCAUCCAUGACGGAGGUCACAUGACUAAGGGGGCAGCACCGGGUCACGUUUGCGUCUCCACAGCACUUCCAGACACAAUGACGAGGACGCAUGCCACGUGGCUCCGAAUGCUUCACACACACUGAGAAAAGAAACACGCCCCACUCCUGAUAUUAUAUCUGUUUCAUUCACCUACGUAAGAGGAGGGGGGGAGGGGCAAAGUCCACCAUGUUUGUAAUGGUUCUCAUCUAGUUGAGCUAUGCUCAGUUACGGCACACAGAUUAGCAUCAGAACAACGACAAAAAAAGAGAAACUCACAAAACAAAACUUAAGCACAGAUUAUUUUUGAAACCAUUUUGAAACAUGGGACAUUUCCUCCCCCCCUCCUUUUCCAGGUGUGUGGUUUGUAGUUAGAGGACAGUGUUUUGUACAUUUUGUAUGAGCGAGUGCUGUAGCCUAACCUGACGGUGUUACACCCGCACACUUCCUGUCAGCUGACUCACGUCUUAUUACAUCACAGCUGAGAAACACCCCCCCCCCCACGUCCGCCUGUCGGUCACCGCAUCCGUCGCCGCUCUCAGUCUGGGAAAAAAAAAAAUCUGUUGUGUAAAAAACAAACAUAAAAAACAGACCUAUCGAUGUUGUUGUUCCCGUGAUGUUUGUCCUUUGUACAGGAAAAAAAAAAAAAAAAAAAAGAGCGAAUCCUUUCUUUUGUUAUCUCACUGUACAUUAACUUGACCGUGUCAGGUCAGAUUUUGUAAAGAUUUUUGUUAAUCUGUAUGACUAUUAUGAUCCAUAUGGACCUGUUUGCCUGCUGUAAACCUGGAUAUGUUAUGGUAUCAGUUAAGUGUUUUUGGAGGGGUGGGAAAGACCCCUCUCUAUUUUGGAGGAAAUGAUGAGGAAGAGUCAGGAAAUGGGGUUCAGCUCUUGUAACGCCAUGUUAUCAGCCAUUUUGUGUGAAAAUAUGAUGCGUCGAAAGAAAGGCCCAAUUACAUUUGUACCCCUAGAGGUAAAAAAAAAAAAAAAGUGGUUAAAAUUUAACCCUACGAAGUGGGACACUCCUUCAAGAAGCAGGUGCGACACGUUUUUUUUUUUAUUCCUGGAGGUUCAUUUAAAAAAGCCGCUGUCAGCUGUUCAGCUGUUGUGUUUCCGCUUGUAUGAACUAAGAUAAUUAUAUACCUGUCUGAAGCAAAGUUGUCAGAAAACCUUGGGAACACUCGAGGAGCAGUUUGUGGCGCUUACAAGAGACCGCAAAUAAAGUUUUGUUGUGUUUAGCGUAGCUAAACCUGCUAAUGAAUGUUAUCUUACAGUUUCUUUGGAUUUGACUAAUAUGUGAAAAAAUGAUGUUAAACAGUGUUGGCUUCAUAAAGCUUUCCAAUGUUAGCCUUAUGAAGCUAACCAAUGUUAGCUUGACAACGGUUAGUUUCUUUGGCUCUGGCUAAUAUGGGAAAACAUCUCUUCAAGUCAACCAAAAUUAGCUUCCCAAAGCUUAUACAGUUAGCCUUAUGAAGCUAACCAUUAUGAGCUAUAUGACAGUAACAUUAGUUGCUUUGGAUUCGGAUAAAAUGGGAAAAAUCUCAUACAGCUAGCCAAUAAUGGCUCUAGGAAGCUAACCAAUGUUAGCUUAAUGAGUGAAACGUUUAGUUUCUUUGGAUUUGGCUAGUAUGGGAAAACAUCUCUUUAAGUUAACAGCAUUAGCUUCGUAAAAAUGUCCAUUUAUUCCAUCAUUAGCUUUAUAAGGGUAACAUUAGCUUCUUUAGUUUGGGUUAAUCUGGGAAAAAUCUCGUACAGCUAACCAAUAAUAGCUCUGUGAAGCUAACCAACGUUAGCUUUGUGACUGUAACAUUUGUUUCUCUGGAUUUGAUUAAAUGUAAAUGGAAUUCUUUUCACCCCAACCCUCGACAAGAACAAGAACACAUGAACGUGUAAAACAGAGAAGGGCUAAGUGGUCGGGGCUGAGGGUGAAAUGGGUUUGAGCCAACGUUUGUUUCACCCCAAUUUCCUGAUUCAUUGUGAUGUUAAUAGAUGUUGCUGUACAGAAAUGUCCGAUGGGGCUCGCAGCCUGUGCCAGGUCUACCUUAGAAAUUCUCAUUUUUAAGAUAUGAUGGGGGGGUAAAAGAGAUACAAAAGCUUUUUGGAGUGAAACUGAGUUAUUAACUUGCCCCCUGACUGGCCCUUUAAAGAAAACAAGGCUAAUGACUCCUGCUUCACUUUUCCUCCUCGAGGUCUCUCUCUCUCUCUCUCUCUCUCUCUCUCUCUCUCUCUCUCUCUCCUUGUCCCUGAGCCUCCGGUGGAUUGUGAUGCAAUGUUGUGACUCCAUUUCCUAUUGGAAGAUACAGUUUGCCCCAGCAUGAAGAGAGAAGUCGAGAUGUUUUAUAAAUAUUCCUGAUUUGAAUAACGCUCAUUAUCAUUGUGAUUAUUAUCAUAUUUUACUUUGAGAGCAAAAGAAGAAGCGUUUCGUUUUGAAAUGCUGCAUAUAUUUUAUUUUUUUUCUUGGUUUGUCCACAAAUUAAAUAGUCAGUAGCAACAA